UGUAUGCGUGUGUACGUGUUUAUGUGUGUAUAACUUCAUUCUAGAAAAAAAGCUGCUCGCCAGUCUAAUACCAAUACCCGCAUAUCAGUGUGUAGACAGUUAAUUGUACGUUGAUAUAUGUACAAGAUCUCCUUACACGAGGUAAUCAUUGACACUAUAUUUAUAACGUUUUAUAUAAACACCAAGUCAUUGACAAUUGUAUUAUAACGUUUCAGCUAAACAUGGAGUCAUUGACAAUGCUUAAUGGCCAAUACAAAAUACUGUAAAAAUUAACGUGGCAUUUUAAAAAGGAAACAAAACUCACUAUUUAUUAAUUCACAUGUGGUUACAUUUUAUAACUUAUAAUUUUUGUUUUUGUUUUAUGGUUAGUUCGUUGGAACAACUCUUAAUCGGUGCUGUCUCUGUAUGCCUCUAGGGGACUUAAUGUUCUAGGACACCUCACGCCUCUGAGGUGCCACACGCUCGUAGGGGCAUUUGCUCUCAAUAUUAUUAGACACUUUUUUUUUUUAAUUCAAUAAAAAAUGAUCAAAAUGCGGUUCAGGAUCUGAUUGUUUUCUUUUGCGUUAUAAUUUAAAAUUUUAAGAACUAUUUGUAAUAAAGCAUAUGCAAUCUUGUUAUACACGCCAUUUACUUUAUUUUCAGCAUAUUUCAGUAAAAAAAAGUAGACAUGCUGAAGAAUGCGCACUUUUGGAUCCUUAUAACAACGACUAUAUGUAAGAGUUGAUUUUUUUUUUACUUUAGAAAAAUUAAAAACAGCAACAACAAAAUAUCAGUUUUUUAAAAAUAAAUACAUGAUGCUGCCAGAAGAUAAUUCUAUAACAUAUCAGGAACGAUUUUUUAUCGUAAGAAUUAUAUAAUUGUAAUAUCCUUACAGCAUUUUUACAAGGCCAAGAAAUUGAAGUCUUUAAGAUUCGACAAGAAGAUUGCGAUACAAAAUGCAAAACUGGACUACUAAACGAAAUAGACAUCCUUGCCUUAAACACAAGAGUGAUAUUAACAACGGAUCUCCUGAAUAACUCAGCUGUAAUCUUUGAGAUAAGGCCAAAAUCAAGCCCAUCCUUUAACUAUGUGAGUUUGUAAUAAGUUCAUACAAAAAGCCUAAUAUAAAGUUAUUAUAAAAUAUUACAUGUGUGCUAAAAAGAAAAAAAUGACGAAACAAUAUAAUUUAAUUGUCUGUUCAAUAUUAGAAAACCAAUUUUUUUUUUUUUUUAAAUAAUGUUUCAAUUAAAAUUAUAGUUAUUAUAAUUAAGGUUUUAACUCAUUAAAACAGUUUAUUACGCGAAACAUUGUUUGCCUAUGUUAUAAAGAAUAUUGACAUCACUUUUGACCUUUUAACAUUUAAUAAAAACACUUUGCUACAUACUAUUUAGGAUAUUUAUUUAAAAAUACAGUGAGAGUUACUACAUAUGUUAGAAGUCUCAGUUUUACUUCAUGCGUUUUAAAAUUAACAAAUAUGCAUAUUUUGUAUCCAGUUGUUUUCUGUAGAUAUAAAAUCUGACUGCACGGAAAGCAAAAAUCCUGGAAGCAAUUACCAUUGCAUUAAGAUCUCCAAAAAUAUGUUUAACAUCACAUUUACUUUCAAUGCGUUAACUGCUUUAAGCGAAGCAACGGUUCGAGGUGAAAUAAAACACUAUAACUUAACUACAAUAGCUCACUCUGAGCAGACUUUACCAAUUAUCUGUGGUGGGUAUUUCAUUUGAUUCUUAUGUAUGUUAUAUUUAAAAAUGUCUAGGUCUUUCUUUUUAGAUUUUAAAAUAUUUGAUUUAACUUUUUAAACUUUUAAUCUUAUAUGAUAAAUGAAAAUAUCAUUUAGUUAAUUUACUUGUUAUUUUUUAAAUUGUUUCGCUUUUUUUUUUUUUUUUUUUUUUUUUUUUUUUUUUUUAACAAAAUAAAUUUUAUUUUUUUUAAAAAAAUUUUUUUUACAAAAAAAUAAAAUUUUGUAAUAAAAAUUUUAUUUUUUUUUUUUUUUUUUUUUUUUUUUUUAAAUAUAAUUAUGUUAUUUAAUUAUUUUUUUAAAUUUUUAUAUUUUUAAUUAUUUUUUUUAUUAUUUUUAAAAAAAUUUUUUUUUAUUUUUUUUUUUUUUUUUUUUUUUUUUUUUUUUUUUUCAGAACCUGCAGAUGUUGCCGGUGUUUUAAAAAUUAACGGAGAAAAUGUAACAGAUUUAAAUAAUUGCACGGUAUCAUUGAAGGAGGAUGAUUUAAAUUUAGAAUUUAAAUGCAUUGGCCUGGCAAAACCAUGUGUAAUAGAAAUAACAUCCUCUGACUGGACUGAGAAAAAAGUGGGAGAUAACAAAAUGGUUAUUAAACGGUCACUAAAUCAAGCUGCUGAGAUAAAAAUAAGUUUCGCCCUUUGUAGAUUUGACAAGAAUGUAUUCAAUGUGACGUGUAAAGUCAUUGAAGGUAAGAGACGGGUCAUUAAAUUUUCAAAACUCGAAAUUAUUCUUAAUGGAAACAUUAGCACAUAGACUAAAAUAGAAUCGACAUUAUUUUGACUUGUUUAACCCUUUCCUAAACUCUUAAGCUAAAUGUAUGCUAAUACAUCAAUAUUUAUUGUAGCUCACGCAUUUGUGUGUUUAAUGGAAAAAAAAUAAUGCGUUAAAAAUAAAUACCAAUUUAACUUUGAAACAUUACAAAAAAAACCUAAAUGCACUCUUUUCCAAUGAUAUUAACUUAUUUCCACCGUGUACUAAAACGAUUAGCAAUCUAUAAAAAACAGCUGGUGGCUUUAAGAUGUACUGCCAUACAUAUAUAUUCAUUUAAAAGUAGAUUGCGAUAAGAUUUGAUGACUUUUAAUUACCUCAUUUAAUUUAAAAAUUUAAAAAACGGAAGGCGAAUGUCAAUAAAUAACUAAGUUAAAAAUAAAAAAAGUUUUGUCAUGCAUUCACAUAUAACAGAAGAAUAUGAAAAUGCUUACUUUUAUCAUUGUGCGUAACAAAUAUUUAUUAUGUCAUAUUUUUAAUUAGACAACACAUGUAAUAUAUUUAAAAUAAUUAUAACUGUAAUGAUUAUUGUUUUGUGCAUUUGUAUUUCUUUAUUAAGUUUUUUUUAAAAACCUUUUUUUUUGUGAAUUGCAUAAUGGUAACAUUUUUUGGUUUAUAUAAUCUCUUUUUUGUUGGUCCUCAGUUUCCCCAAAACAUCAUACAGAAAAAAUAAUCAUUGUACUAAUCACAGGAAUUCCAACAGUUAUUGUUAUUUUGUUUUCGUUAUACAGGUAAUUCUAAUAGUAUAUAUUGGUGUAUUUCUUUUUUUUUUGUCUCUAUGUAACUACCGGUUUCAAUUGCCAAUACUAACUUUAUUAUAUCAUUCUUUUAUUACACCAUGUACUCGACCCAUGUUAAAAUCAGAAUGCUAAUCACUUACGACAUUCUUUUUUUAGUGAGUUGAACAUUAUUAAUAUCUUAUAUAAUUUCCAUUGACAUUAUCAACUCUACUUAACUAUAGCACGUGAUAAGUUAAGUUUACAUCUUUUUUUCCGCUUCUCAAAGAAUAUGAUUUCCAUAAAUUGCUUCAUUAUCGCCACAACCUGCUUCCUCUAACGUUAAACAACUAGUGUACCUCUCAUAAAACCAGAUAACCUCAAUCCCACCUCUCUCAACAAGACCCAUAUAUUUGCAAACCUAUGCAAUUAAAAGCUACUAAAGAAAUGCUCUUCUCAGAAUGUCUGUUAAAACAAUGAAUUGCAUUAAUUAAUCUAUUUACAUUUUUUCCCCUUCUCAGACCAAAAAAAUAUUAGACCUAAUAUAAAUAUAUAUCUUUUUUAAAAGAAGAGUUUAUUGAGUUUUUAAAAUUUCAUAUAUCUAUGCAUUUUUUAAAAAUGUAAUUCUUAAAUAAUUAAUUUAACUCUUUUUAAGAAUUUGCUGUGCAUGAAAUCACUAAAUUUAGUUUGAUCAAAUGUUGAAAAUGGGAUUUCUUUUUAUACAGUACAAUACCACUAACGAUCCCCUAAAAUUAUUUUGUUUAAACUUCCAGAAUUAUAUAUUCUAUUAUUUCUAAUAUCAAUGUUCGAUCUAUUUAGAAGCAGAUGUUCUUCUAUUUUAUGUUAUAAAACAUAUCAUUUGCUUUCCAUUUUGUGUUAAGUCUGCUGAAAAUCAUCUCAAACCACCUGAAGGAAGGUUAGUUAAUGUUAUGUAUGUAUAUCGUUAUAUUUAACGGGUGGAUAGGUACUGCUAUUAAGAGAACAUUUUGGACUAUUUAUUGUUUUUAAUUAAUUAAAUUUCGUUUGGUAUAAGUAAAUAUAAAAUAUGUUACCCCUAGAAAUAUUAUGAUAAAUAAAUAAGUUUGACAAUAAAAAGAAUAUUUGAAGGGAAAUAAAUUACUCACAUAGUGCUUGGGUGGCCGAGCGGUCUAAACUGUCUCAAACCAAAAAGCCGGUGGUCCGGAGCUCAAUCCCCACCAAAGCCAUCCCAAGCACCCCGGGUGGAUGGGACUCGUUAGCCUUGGACGGCAACCCAUCUAAGAGAAGGCAAACUCUGAAUUUAAACCAGGAGCCAGAAUGAUCAACAAAUUGAUCGUGAGCCCCUCAAAUAUAAGAAGAAGAAAUCAUAGCUAGGAUUUAAAAAAAACACCAAACAUUUGCCUAGACUUUAAUCCUCAUUAAAAGGGUUAGUAAAGCGAUGAUAUUCACAUUGAAAUUAAAUCAUGUGCAAUGAUAUGUACUAUAUAUAUUACUAAAUUUUUAUAAAAUAAUUUAUAUAAAGCAUUUUUCUACUUAAAUUCAACGAAAAUCAGAAAGGAGUCUUUAAAGUGUCAUAAUAACUUCGUAAUUUUUUUUUUUUUUGUAGAGUUAGGAUACAAUAAUUGUUUCUCUUGUUUUAUCAUUAUUAAAUAUAAAUCAUGACAUGAGCCUUUACAGCAAGAAGAAUGGAUGAAAAAAAAAAUUAUUUUUCCGUUUCUUUUUUUUAGUUUAUAACAUACACAUAAAACGUUAUAAACAAUUUUUUUAUUCUCUUUUAUAUUGAAGAAAAAAAAUGGUAUUAAAUGGUAUGUCAUUCUUAAGCAAUAUAUCAUUUAAAAUACUAUUUAUAUAUAUAUAUAUAUAUACACAUAUGUUUUACCAAAAUCCUUUCCAGUACAAGACCUCGAGCAAAAUCCUGAUGAAGUUGUUGCCUUUAAACCAAAAGGUAUUAUUUCUUUAAUUUAAAUGAUAUUUUCAGUGAACACUAUUUUACAAUAACUUGUUGGAGAUAAAAUACUAGCUGCUACUUUUAAAAGGCAUUUCUUCAAGCGUAAUUGUUUCUUGGUCUUAAGUGCUUAAGAGCGAUAAACAGAACAAUAAGACAUCUUCUCUAGAACAAGAAACUAAGCAAAGCAGAAAAGAUAAUUUUAAUUUUAUAUUUAUAAAGUGUGUUUAUUAGCUUAUGCGAGAUAAAUGUACGUUUAAAAUGCGUUUGAAAUGAUCAGCGCAUAAUUCUUCAUAUACACAACAUUAAAUAUUAAUCGAAUACAUGAUACACUUUACAAAACAAAAACAAACAUAAUGGUUUCUUGGUCAAGAAAGACACCAUAUCAAAAUUAAUAUUAAAGCUCGAGCUUAGUUUCGUUUUUGGAAUAUAUAUUCAUCUAAAAACGGAUAUUUUAAAGAAAUUAAAUCUUUCUAACUAAGAAAAUCAUUCAUGAAAUAACAAACUACUACUUAUCUUUUUUUUAAAAUGGGCAAUGAUCAGUCUUUACUUAAUAAGUCGUAUUAUAAUUAGUAGUGUAAUAAAGAUUCUAGAAAAAAAACACACAAACAAACUCUGUAAAUCGUUUUAACAAAAACAUUGUUUAAUGCAAUGUCGUAAAUUGCAUGUUAUUUUCAAUUGCAUAUUAAACAUAUUUUCAAAAUAAUUUAAAUCACCAGAAGUUUGAGAUACGUACCGAUUUCGUAGUUGCCAUUAAUCAAUAUUUAUGUCACAAAUUCAAAAUCUUUACUAACAUAAUUUAUCAACGCACAUUUAAAGAAACUGACAAUAACUUAUAAUUAUAACUGAAGCAAGGCGACAGUGUCAAUCCAAUUACAAAUGAAGAUAUUAUCUGUAUUGUUUUAAUGAGUAUUAUAAUCAAAUACGAUGAGACAAGACAAAACUUAUUUUCAAACAUUAGCCAAAUUUAAAGCAAUAUUUAGUGAAAUAAGCAAAAUAAACGUUUUUUUUCCCUUUAUAUUUAGAAACUAAGCUUUACAUUUUAAUUUCACCGAAGAAGUUUAUAAAAUAUAUAUCAAGCGAUUUUUAAAUAUGUUUUUGAAUAAAAAAGAGUUUAAAAAGUUAAUGUGAUGUCCUUACUGGGUAUUGUUUAAAUGAGUGUAAGACAAUUUAUAGUGUGAAAUUAAUUGUUUUUUUAUUUAACUUUUAUUUUAGAUAAAGAGACUACAAAUUACAGGCCUAAUGUGAGUACCAACUCUAUUCUAUGGAAAGUUACCUUCGUCAGUUACAAUGUUUUUAAGGAAAGUUAAUUUUUAAGGAAAAAAAAAAAAGUUAAAAGAAUGAAUGAACACAUACUCCGGAUGUAUACAUAUGCAAUAAGUUAAGUUUGAAAUGCGCUAAAAACAUGUUUUCAGGCUAGUUGUCACAGUUAAUACAUUUGAUAACUGUUAAUGAACGAAUACAUAUAUAUAUAUAUAUGCACUAAAAAACGCGCUAAAUCUGUAAUAUAUAUUUUUAAUUUCAAAACUAGUAUUUGAACCUCUUUUUAUGUAAGAGCUGCUGUUUUUUUUUUAAAAAUAAUAUCAACAUUAUUUCCUUGUAAAUACUUUGACAACUUCCGACGUGAUACGACUUUGAAUUUUUUAAGUUUUUACUUUUAUUUUAUGUCUGCUAACGAAAGAAUCAAGUCAAAACGUUUAUUGGAUUGUUCUGUGUUUCUUUAAACCUUUACAGGUCUUAAUUAGCGAUUAUCGUUAAAAUUUUGAACAGGUUCAGCAUAUAAAAAUAAACUACUCUAUAUUUUCAUUUAGCUAAUCAUCUUUAUAUUUUUUUUUUAAAAAUCCCUAAAUAGGUAUUUUGUUUUCAGGUGAGUUUCGUGGUCAGUGAUGGGGGCAGUAAUAAUAAUGACAAAACAGAAGCUUUGAUAGAUGCAUGCUUGCAUGGGCCAUUGGAGGAUGUAAAAAUGCUAAUACAAAGUGAUACAGAUAUAAAUAAAAAAGACAAAGAUGGUUUGACACCACUAAUGCACGCACUUGAAGCCAAAAACACAGACAUUAUUGAACUGCUGAUACAGCACGGCGCUGAUUGUGAAGAGAGAACAUUGAAAGGAAUGACGUAUUUAAUGUUAGCUGCAGACAAAGGAUUAACUGACAUCGCGGAGAUGCUUAUUGAUAAUAACGCAAAUAUUAAUGCUACAAACAAGACUGGUUCAACAGCGUUGAUGAUUGCGUCACUCCACGGACAUGCUGACAUUGUUGCAAUGCUUAUGCAAAAAGGAUCCGACGCUGGAUAUAGAAAUAAAGAUGGCAUGAACGCUUUGAUGUGUGCAUCGAAAAAUGGACACACAUAUAUUGUUAAAUUAAUAAUAGAAGAUUGGGCCAAAACAAAGUUAACGACAUCUUUAAUAAAUGAAAGAACGGAGAUAGGACAAAAUGCAAUAAUGUUUGCAUCUCUAAAUGGACACACUGAGACUGUCGAGUUACUUUUACAACACAAUGCUGACGUUCGGUUAAAAGAUUGGAAAGGUUUUACGUGUUUAAUGUUCGCAUCUCUAAAUGGACACACUGAGAUUGUUAAUAAAAUCAUGAAACACAAACCUGAGGUGAACGAGAAGAACAAUGAAGGAUUCACACCCUUAAUGUUGGCAUCACAAGAAGGACACAUAGAAACAAUAAAAGUGCUUAUUGAAAAGGGAGUUGACGUAAAUGCUCAAAAUACAUCAGGUCGAACCGCUUUAAUGAUCGCAUCAAGUAAAGGACAUACUGAAAUUGCUCAUUAUCUUUGCAAACUUAGAGCGAGUGUUAACAAAAAAGACUCAAAACAAAUGACAGCUCUAAUGUAUGCAUUGAAAAAUAAAAAUGUGGACAUUUCUACUGUGCUGUUAAAAUGGGGAGCCAAGGUUAAACAAGGAGAUAAAAAUGGUUUGACAUGCUUAAUGUUCGCAUCGAUGCAUGGACUAAAUGAAGCUGUGAAAUAUAUCAUUAAAAAGGGAGCACGUGUUGAUGACAAAACCAGCUUAGGUCUAAAUGCCUUAAUGUAUGCAUGUGAAAAAGGUCACACGGAGACGGCGGAAAUGCUUGUUAACAACGGCGCUAAUGUGAACGCAAAAAAUAUCGCUGGUGUCAACGCCUUAAUGUUGGCUUCCAGACAGGGUCAUGCAGAUAUUUGUAGACUGCUGAUACAAUAUAAAGCAGCUGUUAGUGAAAGAGAUAAACAAAACAAAACUGCUUUAAUGUACGCCAGAGAAAAUGGUCAUUUUGAAAUUGUUGACUUGCUUACUCACGUGGAAGCCUUAGCAAACGAGGCAAACAAUUGUAGAAAAGAUUUAAAGAAAAACAAACAAACAAAGAAAAUAGCACUGGGAAUACAUGGUUGAUUUACUUUAAAUAUCAAAUGUGUAACUCGUUUAAAAAGAAAAUCAAAUCCUGCAUUAUCAAAUGGUUUCACAUUUUUUAAUGUAAUAGUUGACAUUAAAAAAAAAAAAUAAUGGUAAGAUGGCAAUUUCUAUGGAAUUAAGGCAUCAUUUAAGUGUUAUUAAAAAUCAUCUUUUUUUAAUCGCUAAAACAAUAUCAUGUAAAGGAGAAUAAUGUUAGAAAAAAAAUGUGUUGGAUUAACGUCUGAUUGAUGUGUUGCGCUUAAUGUGGAUAUACAUUUACUACCAAAGGCUCAAAUACAAAAAAAAUCGGUGUAAUCGACAUUGUAAUGUGAAGAAUAUUCAUUUAAUAUUUGCUUUCAUAUAUCCAACACUGUUGGUGCUUCCUUAAUAAUUUGUCAUUAUUAGAGAUUUUGCAAUUCUAAUAGAAAAAAUUUUUUAUUAGAUAACUUCUGUGUUAUUUAUCAUUUAAAAAGGAGGGGCAGCACAGUCUACUUACAAACUUAUUUGCUCACUAAAAUGUAUAUUUUAAGCCCUAAAAUCACAGCGAAUGACGUGUCGCAUUGUCUCCCAACAUUUUUUGCAGAAAACCAUAUUUAUAAAUGUUCCUUCCUUAGAAAGAUUAAUUUUGAAUAUUUCGUUUUAUAAGAACCUAAGAUUCAACGUUCUAUUAUCAAUUUUUCGAACAGGGUUAUGUUUUUGUUUUGGAAUAAAGGCUAUUUUGACGAAAUAUGACUUAUAUUUGGAAAGUAGUGGUUUUCAUUGUUUGUUUUGCCUUGCAUUUUUUUAAACUGUGAUGGAUCACCUCUUUUUUUCCCCUUAUAAAAUGCAUUUUUGUGACCUACUUAAUGUCUCCCAAGCCCACAAACCCCGUAUUACCUCCUUUCCCCUAACCCUUCCAGACGCCAUCCCUUGAUUUUUGGUAUUUUGAAAUAAUGCAAUGGUUGAAAAUCCAAUCGACUUUCAUAGUAAGGUUACUUAAACUCUUCUUUAUUUUAAUUAAUUAAUUAAAUGUAAAUGGCCC